GUGAGAGAGAGAGUGAUAUAUCAGAGGGGGCUGUCUGCUGUUUGCUAUAAAAGUCGUAGCCACUGAGGGAAUCUCUUCAAGGAGAACUGAGCUACCCGCUGCUGCUGGCAUUUCACACACUCAUACUCAACCACACACAGACACACAGCAGGAGUCAGACGUUGGAUUGCAGGAAAAACAGCAAACGAACAGAGCUGAAAGGAAGAGGACGAAGCUGAUGGAGAACUGUGGGACAAGCUGAAUUUUCUUUUGGAAAUUUGGUCUAAUCAUCUGUUCCUUUGGGCUUCGAGCAGUGUAACUCCAGCAAUCUUCCAGAAAACUUCACUUCUGGGUGAAAUGUUGUCUUUGAGGAUGAUUUUAAGGCGAGGAAACCUUCUUACACUGGUGCUCGUGUCCUGGUGUGUUGUAAAGAUCCAGGGCGAGUGUCCACAUAAGUGCUCAUGCCCCCCUUCUCCGCCUUCGUGCCUGCCUGGUAUCAGCUCUGUGCUGGACUCCUGUGGCUGCUGCAGGGUAUGUGCCAGGCAGUUUAAUCAGGACUGCAGUGCCACUGAGCCCUGUGACCACAUCAAGGGGCUGCGCUGCCAUCUAGGGGCCAAAGGAGACCCAGAGAGGGGCUUGUGCCGAGCCGAGGCUCAAGGUCGGCCGUGUGAGCUGGAUGGCCGAGUGUACCAGCACGGUGAAAACUUCCAGCCUAGCUGUGAGCACCUCUGCACCUGCAUGGAUGGAGUGGUAGGCUGCAUGCCUCUCUGCCCACACCAUGUGUCCCUCCCUGACUGGCGCUGUGCCCGGCCUCGCCUCACCACACUGCCUGGACGCUGCUGUCAAGAGUGGGUGUGUGAUGAUGACAACCACAUUGCUGAAGAUGACACAAUGCUCGAGACCACUCCUCAAGAAUACAAGAAAGAUAAUGACCUCACUGGUAAUGAGCUAUUAGUAAUGGCACCAACACCAUGGGACAGCAGUGCAGGAGCACCAUAUAAUGAGUGGAUUUCCUCCACAAAAUCCCACCUGCCCAUCCCAUCUACAUGCUUCCUGCAAACCACUGAUUGGUCACCUUGCUCAGCAUCCUGUGGAAUGGGAGUGUCCAGCAGGGUAACCAAUAGCAACGCAGAGUGCCGGCUCGUCAAGGAGACGCGUCUGUGUCAGAUCCGAGAGUGUGGCAGUAGUCUAUUGGCAUCACCAUUCAAGACAGGGAAGACGUGUAAGAGAACCAUCAGGCCACGUGAGCCAGCUCCUCUCACAUUUGCUGGAUGCACCACUGUGCACCGCUACCGGCUGCGUUCGUGUGGCUCGUGCACUGAUGGCCGCUGUUGUGAGCCCACGCUCACUCGCACUGUGCGCAUGCGCUUCCAGUGCCCACAAGGACAAGAAUUCACCCGCAACGUCAUGUGGAUCAUUCAGUGCAGCUGCAACCAGAGCUGCAGCACCCAGUCAUCAACACAGCACCCAAAAUCCAUCAGCCUGCCGAAUGACAUACACACAUUCAAAUACUAGAUCCACACAUACACACACACAUACACACAUGCACACACAGCAUGUUUCCAUCCAUUACAUCCAUUACAUGAAGCAACAUAUACGGCAUUUAUAUCAGCUGUGCAAAAAAAAACAACUUAUCAAAACUACAGGAAUUAUGGAUAAGUAAAUAUUAAUAAUACACAAAUUCUAAUUUCUACUCAUUUGUUAUGUUUAACUAAUGAAAUCUCACAUUACAUACACACACACACACACA